UAUUAUAUGGCAUUGGAUAUUAGUUGACAAAGUUUGUGACUGAAAUUUAUCCUAAUACAUGCUUUGGCUUUCAUUGGUUGUAAGGAACACAUAUUUGUUUGGAAAUGGCUGUUGGGAUCAAAAGGUUCAGUGUUUUGAAGUUGUCAUUGUUCUUGUUGUUCAUAUUGAGUUUGCUUUCGUUGCAGGAUUGUGCUGAAGUUUAUAGCUUAAAUGCUUCGCAACCAUUAUCACAGGGGCAAGCUCUUGUUUCCCCUGGUCAUAUUUUCGAACUGGGCUUCUUCACUCCUAAUGAUUCUGAUUAUCAGUAUGUGGGGUUAUGGCACAAGAAUAUAACCCAUAAAGUUGUAUGGGUGGCCAAUAGAGGAAAGCCUCUUGCAGUUGCAGACACCUUGGCUAGUUUGAGAAUUGGCAGCAAUGGGAAUCUAGAGCUUGUCGAUGGAAAACUGAGUUCUGUGUGGUCAACUAAUAUUAAUAUUUCAGGGUCAUCUAAUAGCUCAAAUGCAGUUCUUUUAGACAGUGGAAACUUUGUUGUUCAGGAUGAUAAGGGAGCUGGAUUAUGGGAGAGUUUCGAUUACCCUACUGACACAAUCCUACCGAGCCAGCUGCUUGGAUUCAAUAGUAAAUCGGGAAAGAGGGACUUCUUGACUUGCUGGAAAAGUGAGAGUGAUCCAUCGAUUGGGAAAUAUUUGGUUGGACUUACCCCCGAGACGCCAUCACAAGUGAUUGUUUGGAUUAAUGGAUCAACUCCUCAUUGGAGAACUGGACCAUGGGAUAAAUCAAAGUUCAUUGGGAUACCGGAUAUGGAUGAUCGAUAUCAGAGUGGAUUUAGUCUAGAUGAUAAUGUGAUACAGGGAACAAAGUAUUUCUCUUAUAAUUUGUUGACAGUGCAUGGUGUCUCAUAUUUAGCCAUUUCCUCAGAAGGGAUAUCAAACCUUAUGCUUUCAGAUAGUGGCAAUUGGUCUCUUAACUGGGAGGCACCAAGUAAUCCAUGUGACUACUAUGGAACAUGUGGACCUUUUGGUGUUUGCAAGGCUUCUGAAUCUACAAUCUGCAAGUGUUUGAAAGGGUUUAUGCCAAAGUCAAAUGAGGAAUGGAGCAAAGGAAACUGGACAGGAGGGUGUGUAAGGCGAACCAAUUUGUUUUGUGAGACUAACACCAGCAAUGAUGGGUUUUGGAAGAUGGUGAGGUUGAAAGUACCAGAUUCUCAUGAAUUUGUUGUUACAUCUUUGGAUGAUGAAAACUCAGCUGACGACUGCAAGAUACGGUGCCUAAAGAAUUGUUCUUGCCUGGCUUAUGCAUUUGUUAAUAACAUAGGUUGUUUGGUCUGGUCCAAAGACCUUCUUGAUGUACAGGAGUUUUCCUCUGGUGGAGUUGAUCUUUAUAUUCGCCUCGCACAUUCAGAACUAGGUAAAGGAAAGCCGAUAAAAUUAAUUGCCAGCCUUACGGCUAUUUGUUCUGCCAUUACUUUGGUUGCCAUAGUGUUCAUUUGGCACAGGUUGCGAACUAAGCACAAGGAGUUAGGACAUGUCAUAUUUACACCACAGCACUUAGAACCGACUGAUACAAUGCAGACUUCAAGAAAUGUUCUUCGAGAAUACAUGGGAAAGCAUGAUCUUUCAGAGCUAUUGUUGUAUGAUUUUGAUACCAUAUUAAUUGCUACAAACAAUUUCAGCAUGACAAACAAACUGGGGCAAGGAGGCUUUGGUCCAGUCUAUAAGGGUAUGCUACCAGAAGGGAAGGAAAUUGCUGUAAAAAGACUAUCUAGUAGCUCCGGACAAGGCAUUGAAGAGUUCAAGAAUGAGAUGUUGUUGAUAUCCAAUCUUCAACACAAAAAUCUAGUUAGAAUCAUGGGUUGCUGCAUUCAAGAAGAGGAGAAGUUACUGAUUUUGGAGUUCAUGCCAAACAAAAGCUUGGAUACUUUUCUAUUUGAUCCAACCAGAAAAGCAAUGCUUGAUUGGAAUAGCCGAUUUAAUAUUAUUCAAGGUGUUGCAAGAGGGCUUCUUUACCUCGAUCAUGAUUCCUAUUUGAAGAUAAUUCAUAGAGAUUUGAAAGUUAGCAACAUUCUCCUGGAUGAGAAAAUGAACCCAAAAAUUUCAGACUUUGGAUUGGCACGAAUAGUUCAAGGGACACAGAAUCUAGAAAAUACUCAGAAGGUUGUGGGAACUCGUGGAUAUAUGUCUCCGGAGUAUGCCAUGGGCGGGAUAUUUUCUGAAAAAUCUGAUGUCUACAGCUUUGGGGUCUUGAUAUUGGAGAUAAUUAGCAGCAAGAAGAAUACAAGCUUCUGUGUCCAAGACCAACAGCUAGGAUUUCUAGCUUAUGCAUGGGAGUUAUGGAAUGAAGGCAGGGGAUUGGAAUUGUUAGAUAAAGUAUUGGAUGAUUCAUAUUCUUCAUCAGAAGUAAUGAGAUGCGUUCAUAUUGGGCUUCUUUGUGUACAAGAUAAUGCCAUGGAUAGGCCAACCAUGCCUGAUGUAGUUUUGAUGCUAAGUAGUGACAAAGAUGGUCCAGAACCUAAGCAACCUGUAUUCACUAUCCAAAACUCAGUGUUUCAUCCUCAACCACAGUAUGAAAAUACUUCCUCCACAAAUCAAGCUUCCAUAACAGUGAUUGAAGGACGGUAAUCAUAAUUAUUCAGUGUACUUAGUCAGUGAAGGUGUAUGUACAUUCAACUAGUUUUAUAGUCAAAACUGUUUAACAUUUUCCCAGAUUAAAAUUCUAGGUCCACCAAAAUUUACAGAGAUCAAUUGCUGCUGUCUUGAUUUCUCAUAUGGCACUAUUAGCCUUUUUUGUAGUAACUAGUCAAGGAAGAGCCCUCCUCAGGAAAAGGGGUCAUGCACAUUUCCUCUAGCUUAGCAUAGUAAUUAGUUUGGUGCUGAAAAUGAAAUUUUCAUUAUGUGCUGAAGCAAACUUUGACAGUUCCAUUUUGGUAUCA